CAGCAGGACGCUGGCAACAUCACUGCAGAACUUUCCCGAAGUGAGCCAAACUCCGCAGAGACGCAAAGACUUCUUUUAUUCAACUGAGAUGGCACAGUCCUCUUCAUUUCUGUUUUUGUUGCUCCUGGAGGUUCUCUGGGUGAGAGGGAGCCCACCAGGCUGCGCGUCCUGCGGCCCUCGUUCUUCCCUGGGGAAGGAUGCAGAGGAGAAGCUGAUGGUUGAGAUGGCCAAGCAGCAAAUUUUGGACAAGCUGCACCUGAAGGAGAGACCCAGGAUGUCUCCGACGGUGCCGCGGGUGGCGCUGCUCACUGCGCUGCGCAAACUGCACUCAGGGCGAGUCAGGCAAGAUGGUACCCUGGAAAUGAACAACAGUGUGCCAUCCAGACAGCAAGGCUAUGAAAUAGUCAGCUUUGCCGAUAUAAAUGACAAAGAGCAUACGGACAAGGCCCACCUCCGUCUUACCUUCCAGUUCCUGCAAGAACCCGGCCAGAGUGUCCAAGUGCUGCAGUCAUCUCUUUGGAUCUAUGUCCGUUCCUCCAAGCACCCUUUCCAAGUCCCGGCUCGCGUCUUCCUGACUGCUGACUCAAACCGCACCUUGGUGAUCGAGAAGAUGCUGGAGGUCCAGGAGAGCAACUGGCACACCUUCCCCAUCAGUCGCACCCUGCAGGCCUUCCUGGAUGGAGGCCAGAAGCAGCUCCGCCUGGAGGUGAUCUGCGAGGAGGAAGGGAGGAAUCUUUGCUCGUUGGAAAACUCUACUGACACGCCAUUCCAGCCCUUUCUGGUAGCGCAGGUGCGCCUCCGUGACGACACUGCCAAACACUUACUGAGGAAACGUUCUUUGAGGUGCGGCGAUGACAUCACCGUGUGCUGCAAGCGAGACUUCUAUAUCAAAUUUAAGGACAUACAAUGGCAUGACUGGAUCAUUGCGCCGGAGGGCUACCACAUGAACUACUGCAUGGGGCAGUGCCCCCAACAUCUGUCUGGGUCACCCGGCAUCGCCUCCUCCUUCCACGCCACCGUCCUGAGCCAGCUGAAAGUCAACGGCAUCAACACGGCGGCAUCGUCUUGUUGUGUCCCCACCGAGCGUCAGCCUCUUUCUAUGGUGUACUUCAACUCCCAGCACAGCAUCGUCAAAACAGAUGUCCCUGAUAUGAUAGUGGAGUCCUGUGGAUGCACAUAAGACGUACUAUGUUUGGCUCGUACCAUGUUCAACUCAGAAGAGCCAAAUAAUCCAAGCUGGAUCAUUUCUACAAUUGUGCUUUCCUGUACGUAUGGUUGGUGAGUUUUCGUGUGUAAAUUUCAGAUGACUCAUCUUUUUGAGUUGGUAUGCUCCAGUUUCCUCCCACAUUCCAAAAACAUGCUAGGUUAAUUGGCGACUCCAAAUUGUCCAUAGGUAUGAAUGUGAGUGUGAAUGGUUGUUUGUCUAUAUUUGCCCUGUGAUUGGCUGGCGACCAGUCCAGGGUGUAGCCCGCCUCUCGCCCGAAGAUAGCUGGGAUAGGCUCCAGCACCCCCCGUGAGGAAAAGCGGUAGAAAAUGAAUGAAUGAAUAAAUGCUUCCAUGAGUUUACGGACCUAGAUUCUAAAUUUACACGUACAUUUGUGGUACCACCUAUGGCUUGUGGUGAAAAUGCUUUGGACUGUAUGUAAUAUAGAUACCCUCAAAGUUUUAGAAUCAUUAGACAAAUGGCUGAUGACUAAGUCCCGACGUUGCCUCUGAAAAAACGUUUUGCUUGAUGGCGGCCAUGUUCAGUCCCCUAAAGGCGUGUAUGGAGAGGUACUGUUGAAAAUUCAAUUUUUCCUCACUUUCCCUCAUUUUUCAGAGAAAUUUCUCUUAUUUUCGAAUACAAAUGUUGAAAAGUGAUCGUCAAUUGAUAUGGGGUGAUCUUUUAUCAGAAUGAGAUCCUGUCCCAAAUGGAGAAGCUUAAGUACCUUGGGAUCUUGUUCAAAGAUGGAACCUGAUAUACAGUGCAGUGCAGACUCACGCCCCCCAGAUCCUCCUCCCUGGGGACGUGUUCAGGGCCCAUCUGACUGGUAGGAGGCCUCAGCGAACACCCAGGUCACGUUGGAGAGACUAUGUCUCUCAAUUGGCCUUUGGAACGCCUUGGGAUCUGCCAGAAGGAGCUGGACAAAGUAGCAGAAGAUAAGAUAAGAUAAGUAGUAGAUAAGCAGAAGAUGAAUGGAUGGAUGGAUUUAUUAAAGCAAAGGCUGCUUGUUGUGAUAAUUACAGCAUACGUUUAAACAAAACAAAUGUUUAAUUUGAAUUUCAAGCUAAAGAACAUUGGGAAACCCUGCUCUAAACCAGAGAGAUCUGUUUCCUUCAUGUCAUUUUUUUAUACUUCAACAUAUAAAACACCGGAAACAGUUGAAAUGUGUUGUACCUGCAGCCUGAAAUAUGUCCAAUCAGCAUCUGCACCAUAUUACUUACAUAUUACACAAGCUGGAGUUGGGCAACAGUGUGCUCUGCCGGUAUGCAAAGCCAAGGUCAUUAUUUGGCGAUUGCCUCAUUGGGAAGUCAGGUGGGUCAAUGGGCAUGCAGCGGCUGUAUGUUGCCAUUUUUCAUUUGUCAAAGUCUAAAGUUUACUGGGCUGAUGUAAAAUUAGAAGCUUUUCAGCGGGAAUGCAAUCGGUUAAUCAUUGCACGGGGGGGGGGGACUUGACAUCAUCCCAAUUGCGCAGUCGAUUUAGAGACGUGCAGUAGAUCACGGGUGUGUUCACACUUGUCUGGUUUACAUACUAUAACAAUGACAUGGAAUCAGGUCUAAUCCUUGUAAAGUUUACACUAUGGAUGCAGUAUUUCCAUCAUGAGUGACACAGUUAUUUGACUUUUUAUCUUAUUAGCCAAUUAAUCACAUGUAUGUGUUGCCUCCAAAGCUGCUACUUGAAUUGUCAUUUUAUUUAGUUUAUUAUUAUUAUUACAAUGAUGUUAUGGGUUUUUUUUGUUGUUGUCUAUGUAUCUUAUUAUUAGCGCUUCUUGUUGAAGUGCCGUUCUACCAGAAGCACUUUAACACCCUGCUGGACCUUCGAUAGAAAAAUUUGCUUCCUAUUUUGUUCACAUGUAUUUUCUCAGGUUCUAUUUGUGUGUUAAAGGGGUGGUUUUUUUUUUUCGAUAUACUGUAGGAAUCCACUGCUUUGUGGUGGUGGAAUGACAUGUACAGCAACAUGUUAUACUGUAAUUAUGUCUAUUUUCAUAUGAGAUUAUAUUUUUUGAUUUUUUAACAUGAUUUAUUGUAAUGU